AUUCCUCCUGCUGCACCUCCUCCCCCUGCCAGGGAGACUGCUGCACCCCUGUCUGCUGCAAGCCUGUCUGCUGCACCCCUGUAUGCUGCAAGCCCAUCUGCUGUGAGGACUCCCCCUGCACAGACUCCUCCUGCUGCCAGCCCUCCUGCUGCACCUCCUCCCCCUGCCAGGGAGACUGCUGCACCCCUGUGUGCUGCAAGCCCGUCUGCUGCACCCCCGUGUGCUGCAAGCCCGUCUGCUGCACCCCUGCCUGCUGCAAGCCCGUCUGCUGCACCCCUGUGUGCUGCAAGCCUGUCUGCUGCACCCCUGUGUGCUGCAAGCCCGUCGGCUGCACCCCUGUGUGCUCCGGGUCCAGCCCCUGCUCAGCCCCCUCCUGCUGCAGACCCUCCUCCUGCGUGUCCCUGCUCUGCCGCCCCGUGUGCAG